AUUUGAGGUGACAGCAUCGAAAUGGUUCGCAGCUUAGUGUGUUUCUGUUUGGUUUUAGCUUCAUCAAAUUUGGGAUCUUCCUUUAAAAACUUAGAAAAUGACAAAUUACGAAUCUGCAUAGAAGAGGGUUGUUUUGUGGGAAAAUACUUUGAAGGACUGAUACCGGGAUCUCGAUUCCGUGGGUAUCUAGGAGUUCCGUUUGCGAAACCUCCGAUAGGUGAUCUCAGGUUUCGAAAUCCUCAGCCAGUGGAACCAUGGGACGGAGACUACGAUGCGAGCUUCGAAAGAAGCAAAUGUGUCCAGAAGAACGAUCUUUGGCCCGAGCAGCAGGUCGAGGGGAGUGAAGAUUGUCUGUAUAUGAACGUUUUUGUUCCGGAAGUUCCUAAACGAGAGUCAAUCCCUGUUAUGGUGUUCAUCCAUGGUGGAGGAUUUUUUUUCGGGUCCUCGUCGAUGGGAGAGCUUGGACCGGAAAGAUUCGUGGAUACAGGAGAAGUGAUUCUGGUAGUUAUCCAGUACCGAUUGGGAGUGUUUGGAUUUUUGUCCACUGGAGACGGUGCAGCUACCGGAAAUUUUGGAUUGAAGGAUCAGACGGCUGCUUUGAGAUGGAUCCAGAGGAAUAUCGCCAAGUUCGGUGGAGAUCCUGAAAAGGUAACGAUAUUCGGUCAAAGUGCUGGAGGAGCAUCCGUCCAGAUGCAUAUGUUGAGUCCACUGAGUCGUGGCUUGUUUUCGAAAGCGAUUGUUAUGAGUGGAAAUAGUUUAGGAUUUUUAACUUGGCCUUUGGAAGAUCCAUUGAAAUUUGCUAGGCAGCAAGCUGCUGCCGUAGGAAUCGAAUCUGUCGAUACAAUAUCAUCUGAGGAUCUUGUUAAAGCUUUGAGGGUUGUAGACGCAAUAGAACUCGCUGCUAGCAUCGACAAAUUGAAGUUCUGGCAUGUAUUCCCACUGACAGCGUACCGUCCGGUAGUUGAAACCUUCAUAGAUGACGAAACAUUCAUCGCCGAAGAACCACGUGUACUAUGGGCUCAAGGAAAGUACACCCAAGUUCCCUGGAUGACCGGAUUUGUUCCAAACGAGGGAGCAUUUACGUCGUUGGCCAUUUUGCUUAACGAAACCCUUCUCGAAGAGUUAAAUGAAAACUCGCAGGAAUUGAUUCCACAACUGGUGGGUUGCAAGCAGUCCGAGAAGACUUCCCGAAUGUUGAGAGAAAGAUUUUUCCCCGGAGGCACUGCAGAACGAUGGUUAACCGAGGACAAUGCCAAAAAUAUUCAAGUUCUUUUAAGUGAAGCCCAGAUUAAAUAUCCUCUAGCCCUUGGUGCCAAACAACAUAUAACCUCAAACGACCCGAACAAAUCCUCGCUACAAAUGUACUACUUUGCCUUCAAAUCGAACCACUCAUAUUCGAAAUAUUUCGCUAAGACGGAUCAGGAUUCUGGAGUGUGUCAUUCGGAUGAUUUGUCCUACCUAUUCCGGUCCAGGGACCUGUUUGAGGAUUAUUCUUUUAUGUCACCGGAAGCCACAAUGUCCGGUCGUUUUGUGGAUUUUUUCAUCAAAUUUGUUUAUGAUAGGAACCAUGGAAUGUUGAAUUGUACAGAUCUACGUUGUAAAAUGUUGAAAUUCAGCAACUCGAAUGACAAAUUUUUCCCAAUUGAGGAAACUUUUGUUCUAGCAAUAGACGAGGAACUGGUAGCGUUUUGGGACGAAAUCUACAGUCAGUGAAGAGCAGAGAAAAAUCUAUAAUUUCACUGAAUUUUGCAAAACAAAUUUAAAACUGAAUCUGUGUUGCAGAACACAAAAUUUUGGAAAAAUUCUCAGAUUUCAGAUUUUUUUUUAAAUUGCGUACGUAUUUCCAAAAUCAAAAACUAAAUGUCAACAUAAAUUUUGGAUUUCUAACUUUGUUUUGGAUAAUCAAGCUUAGAUGUAAUCUUUAUUGAUUUUUAUUAAGUGAAAUUUAUAAUAGACUCAUUUCUUCAUGAGUGUUCAAAGAAAUUUAUGCUGUUUCCAUCACAGAAAACCAUCACAUAAUUUUUGGGUAGAAUCAGAGAAUGUCUGAUUAUUUUUUCGCAAAAAAAAACAGAAUAUUUUUCGCAACCUUGAGCCAGUAUCAAAUAAUAAAACAAAUUCACUCU